CCUCGGCCUGCGGAACCCCCCUGCCUGUCUGGACCCCGGCCCCACCUCCGGAAGUUAACCGAAGCCUUGUGCAAAUGCCCUAGGGGUGUGCUGUUGGGAGGGGCACAGCCCCCUGUGAUGUGGAACACCACGCUCAGAUUCAUCAGUCAGAUUCAUCAGUUCGAGCUGCCUGAGACCCUGCUGCCCCGGGGACCAUGUUUAACGGGGAGCCGAGUCCGCCCUCAGCUGGGGCCUCCAGGAACGUGGUGCGGAGCUCCAGCAUCAGCGGAGAAAUCUGCGGAUCCCAGCAAGCUGGGGGCGGGACCGGGACCACCACUGCCAAGAAACGGCGCAGCAGCCUGGGUGCCAAGAUGGUGGCUAUCGUGGGCCUGACUCAGUGGAGCAAGAGCACGCUCCAGCUCCCACAGCCUGAAGCGGCCACCAAGAAGCUGCGCAGCAACAUCCGACGGAGCACGGAGACGGGCAUCGCCGUGGAGAUGCGGAGUCGUGUCACGCGCCAGGGCAGCCGGGAGUCCACCGACGGGAGCACGAACAGCAACAGCUCCGAGGGCACGUUCAUCUUUCCCACCACCCGGCUUGGGGCCGAAAGCCAGUUCAGUGAUUUCCUGGAUGGACUGGGACCAGCCCAGAUUGUGGGGCGACAGACGCUGGCAACGCCACCCAUGGGAGACGUCCACAUUGCCAUCAUGGACCGCAGUGGCCAGCUGGAGGUGGAAGUGAUCGAAGCUCGGGGCCUGACCCCCAAACCAGGCUCCAAAUCCCUCCCAGCCACCUAUAUCAAGGUUUACCUGCUUGAGAACGGGGCCUGCUUGGCCAAGAAGAAGACGAAGUUGGCCAAGAAAACCUGUGAUCCCCUGUACCAGCAAGCUCUGCUCUUUGAUGAGGGGCCCCAGGGCAAGGUGCUGCAGGUGAUCGUCUGGGGUGACUAUGGCCGCAUGGACCACAAGUGCUUCAUGGGCAUGGCCCAGAUCAUGCUGGACGAGCUGGACCUGAGUGCCGCGGUCACCGGCUGGUACAAACUCUUCCCCACCUCCUCAGUGGCAGAUUCCACUCUUGGAUCCCUCACCAGGCGCCUGUCUCAGUCCUCCCUGGAGAGUGCCACCAGCCCCUCGUGCUCCUAAGGACGUCAGGAAGAAAGGCGGGAUGGCAGUGUGGGAAGGGUGCCUGCCCCUCCCCUGUACAUAGUCUUCAUGUCUUUCUGGACCCCUUGCCCUGCUGCAUGCCUGUUGGCUACUGGGCUCGCCCCAGCUGGCAGUGGAGACUGUAGUGUGUGUGUGUGUGUGUGUGUGUAUGUGUGUGUGUGUGUGACCACGUUAUAGCUGUUCAUUCGUCUGGGUAUAGUCAGUCCUGGUGACUACAUGGGCUGAAAUCCAUGUCUCUUUGUAUCUUGUUGAAAAGAAACCCAAAGGA